UGGUUUUGACAGCUGCAGAAACCUCACGUCGCAAGAUCAACAACAAACAGUGUGGUCUUUCUCUGCGUUUUACGUCCGUGUGCAUUCACUUUUUGUGUGUUUGGUUUCGUGCAUAUAUUGAAAGUAUAGAUCCAUCCCCCAACGAGAAUCUUCUACGCACGGUUCACUGAACAGCAGCGCGCACACGAAACGCUCUCUUUCGCUCUGUCCGACCUGCCCCGUCCCGUCCACCGAGCACGGCAGCAACAGUGGCGCUGACGGUGGUAGCUGCGGUGCAGCCGAUAGCGACGGUGCUGACGGCCGAAGAACAGGAACAAGCUCGCGCUCCAACGGCAGGUCGCCAGCGACAACGCAACAUGUCAAUCACCGAGUUUCUGAAGGAUCUUCCGUGCCACAAUGAGGAAAACUUUUCCCUGUUCAACACGGAAAACGGCGUGAAGACAUCCUCGAAAAGGCCCUCCGUGUACAUCCCGACGGUGGAUAUACCUUCGGAGCAGGUGAUAGUUACCGACAAGAAGAAUAUUCUGCUCCGCUACCUACAUCAGCAAUGGGACAAAAAGAAUCCACCCAAAAAGCGUGAGCUCGAAAAUGCUUCCAACGAUCUGCUACGGAAAAGACCCCGCCUUGAGACGCGCGACAAUAACAACACGUAGAUUGGGCGGUGCGCUGAUUUGCGCCAGGAGCGAACAUACGUUACAUUAGCGUACUGGAAAUUUACCAAUUAAGCAUGGGUGUCAGGUCAGGUCAGAAAUGGAACGGCAGAAGAGGGGAGAUGUGGGGUUGUCUCAUACGUUUGUUGGGAAAAUAUGUGUGAGGUGAUCUGCCAGGAAAUCAAAGGUCCCAUAUUAAGAUAGCUUCAAGAAUGUCUCACUCACAAGCAGGAAAACUGGAUGGAGUAUUUCCAUACGGAGUUUCCAUUGUGUGUCCAUAGGAAAUGCCAGCACCACGUUCGCUGUAGGUUCGAUUAUUUAAUAUCAAAAGAUCAAAACAACAGUGCUCCAAAUUCAUCAAGAAACGCAAAAAAUGAAGCAUUUACGGUAGUAACGCCGUUAAUCGUAGAAUCUAAUCUACAGCCAAUUAUUUUCACAUAUAUAUUUUUAGGACUUUGAUGCAGGCUCGCGUAACAUUUCGACGUUUGUCCCAUUUUCUUUGUGUGAGUUUAAAUUUCGACAAAUU